AUGACCAAGAUCAACACUUCCCUCCACUCCUCAAGGAGAAAGUCCCGCAAGGCUCAUUUCGAUGCCCCAUCCAGCGUCAGACGUACCAUCAUGAGCGCUCCUUUGAGCAAGGAACUCCGUGAGAAGUACAACGUUCGCUCCAUCCCAAUCAGAAAGGACGAUGAGGUCAAGAUCGUUCGCGGCUCCAACGAGGGAUCCGAGGGAAAGGUCACUUCCGUCUACCGUCUCAAAUACGUCAUCCACGUUGAGCGUGUCGUAAAGGAAAAGUCCUCUGGACAAUCCGUUCCCCUCGGUAUCCACCCAUCCAAGGUCGUCAUCACCAAGUUGAAGUUGGACAAGGAUCGUGAGAACAUCCUUGAGCGCAUCAAGACUGGUCGUGAGAUCAAGGAGAAGUUGAAGAACAAGGCAUAA